GGGUUUGUGAGUGAGUUUGAUGAUUCUCCCAUGAAGGCUACAACUUAUUUUGUGAAAUUAUACCUCUGGGUGUGACAUUCACGCUCUUGUCACCUAAUGGGAACAUCAGGUUUGAUGAUAUUACGCCUUGAAUUAUUAUUAACAUUUGUGCAAAGACCUGGGCUUAAUCUAUUCUCUUAAGGGUGUUGAUUGGGAUUGGGCCCCAUGUAUCUCUUAAAUAUGAUCAGCCAUACUGAUUGGCAUGAGUCAAGACAUGAUUUAGAUUGUGGUUGUAGUUGUUAACAAGUAGCAGUUUCAUUCAAAAUAUUCUAUUGGAAUUUAUAUGCAUUCAUGCAGCAUCACAUAUUGCAUGAAUGAACAGCCUGAAUUGUAUUUUUAGAUACUUUGAGCCUGAAGAAUUGUUGACUCACCCAACGUAGUUUUAAUCUUUGUGAGUUGCGGAUGCUUAAAUAGGUAUAUAACACGCCCUUUGAGCUCCAAGUAUGUACCUUAUAGGUUGCAUGGUUUUUGGGUGGCGAGAGGUACCUGCCCGGAUCGCGCGCAAGCAGGUGAGCGUCCCGUGUGCCGGUGCCUGAGAGCGGCUCCGUAAGCAGUGACCGUCUGACCCACGUCCGUCCGGCCGUCAUGCGGUGUCUGGUGGCGCUGGUGCUGGCCGCCUGGGCCGGCCUGGCCGAGGCCGACGCCGGCAACAGCACCCUUCAGAUGGUGCAGGUGCUGUUCCGGCACGGUGAGCGCACGCCUGUCCUCGUCUGUCCGACCGACCCGCACCGCGACCACUGGCUGGAGCAGGGCCUCGGCCAGCUGACCGGCCGCGGCAAGCGCAUGCAGUACGAGCUGGGCCAGUUCCUGCGGCGGCGGUACGCCGACUUCCUGCCGGCUCAGUACCACGUCAAUUACACGGUUGUACGCUCCUCGGACGUCGAUCGCACGCUGAUGUCGGCGCAGGCGAACCUGGCCGGCCUGUACCCGCCGCAGGGCCGGGACGUCUGGAACCCCGACCUGCACUGGCAGCCGAUCCCCGUGCACACCAAGCCGACGUCCGAGGACCUGCUGCUCAGCUUCCUGACGUCGUGCGCGCGCUACGAGCUUGAGUUGCGCCGGCUGAUGGCCACGCCCGAGCUGCGGCGUGUCGACGCCAAGAACCGGCAGCUCUACGACCAUGUCAGCCAGCACUGCGGCGUGGAGGUGCGCGACUUGGCCACGCUGGCGCUGAUCUACGAUCUGUUGCUGGUGGAGAGCGACCAGAACAUGACGUUGCCGGCCUGGGCCACGGCCGUGCUGCCGCCGUACAAUCGCACCGUCUACCCGGACCUGCUGCGACCGUUGAAUGAGCUCGCCUUCAACCUGCUCAGCUACGACGCACCGCUGAAGCGGCUGGGCGGCGGUGCGCUGCUCGGCCGGCUAGCGGAGCUGCUGCGCCAGAAGGUGGCAGGCUCACUGCAGCCGGCCGGCCGCCGGCUCUUCAUGUACUCGGGCCACGACGCCGACGUGGCGGCGCUGCUCGGCACGCUUGGCGUCUACAACGGCCUGGCCCCGCCGCUGGCCAGCUGCGUCAUCGUCGAGCUACACCGCGCGCCGUCCGGCGCCUUCUUCGUGCGGCUCUUCUACCGCAACGACACGACGGUGGCGCCGUACCGGCUGCAGGUGCCGGGCUGCAUCGACGACUGUCCGUGGGAGGCGUUCCGAGACCUGGCGGCACGCGUGACGCCGGCCGACGGCGCGGCCGAGUGCGCGGCGCCGGCCGGCGGCAUGCCCUCCGGCCAGCAGGUUACCGUCAUCGCGCUGGCUGUCACGCUGGCGCUGCUGCUGGUGCUCUGCACCAUCGGCGCCGUCAUCUUUGGCCGCCGCCGCCGCCAGAUGCAGGCGUACUCCCACUUCGGUGAGAUCCCGACCUAGGUGCCGAAUGGGACGGCGGCGCCUGCGGCCGGGCCGCAGCUCCGGAGCGGUGAGCAUGCGAGACUAAGCGGGAGUGAUGAGUGCGCGCCGGAGGAAACGUGUCCGGGUCUGCCAUGCCCUGGUCUGCUGUGUCCGGGUCUGCAGUGUGUGGAUCUGCAGUGUCCGGGUCUGUAGGGCCCGGACCUGCCUUGUCCGGGUCUGCGAUGGCCUGGUCCGCCGUGCUCGGAUUUGCAGUGUCCGGUUCUGCAGUGUGUGGGUCAGCAGUGUCCGGGUCUGCAGUGUUCGCAGACCCAGACACUGCAGAUUCGGCAGGCCCGGAUGCUGCAGGGUCUACAGAACCCGGGUCUGCCGUGUCUGGGUCCGCCUUGUCCGGGUCCGCCGUGUCCGGGCCUGCAGAAUCCGGGUCUGCCGUAUCCGGGUCUGCCGUGUCCGGGUCUGCCGUGUCCUGGUCUGCAGCGUGCGCGGUCGAGCUGAUUCGGCGCUGUACUACAGGGAGUGCACUAGAGGCUCAGUUGCAGCGGUGCGUCGGAUACCUAUUGUAUGAUAUGGCUGACUGGAAUAUCGUUUUAUGCACAAAUGGGAUGGAGGCCCUGGGUAUGGCUGUGCUUGCUUUGGACCGUGUGGUGUAGUGUGGCGGAGUGGGAGCUGCAGACUUCGAUUUUGCUGUUGGAUAGUAUUGUAUCACGGGCGUGAAGUGGACGUGCUCCUAGUGGCGUCGGCCGGGCGUGUUGCGGUGCAGUUUACAGUGGCGCGGUGAGCCUGCUGUGGCGGACGUGAUUCGCCCAGGGAGUCCGGCUGUCUUGGGGUGCUGUCGCUGGUGAGGCAGGUGUGGCGAGACGAGCUGCGCGCGGGCUCCGCUCGUGCUGCGGAGAUGCGCUCGACGCGGGAUGUUCCGUACGGGCAGAGUCUGGAGCUUUGAUGAUUCCCCACCGACCCGACUUGCGCUCUGGACGAGAUGUGGAAGGCAGGCAUGUGAGCUGACGAUUGUCUCCAGCACUUGUGCAAGCGUCUGGCUUUGGGUUUUCCGAUGUUGAAGCGUUGAUGUUCGUUUCCCAACGUUGUGCAUGAACGUAAGUGGGAAGAUCUGCGACUGGGAUUCUCUCGUGUGUAUGUAUUAUGUAUCAACGUUGGAAACCCGGGAAUCUCCCAGUCUCUGCCCCAAAUACGUGCCUGGCCGGCCAUGCACCGAAAGCGAAGUCGCAUCUGAUUUGUGUCUGCAUGCGAAGAAUGCGUUUCGGUUUUCGCCACAUCUUUACUGUGUUUUUUCUGCUCGAGCUUUUAUUUUGCCUUUUGUCCCCAAGGUGUGUGGUUAAUUUUUCUGGCGCGCAUGGCGAUCCGGCUGUUUCAACGUUUGGUUUCUCUUUCCUGACCUCUGUGCAUUACCAGAAAUUUUGGGUGGCUAUUCAUCGCGAGGAAAAUUGGGAUUUAUGCAUUACUUAAGUAUUCUUGUUUGUUUACUCUAGAUUGGCGUGUUGUACCUUUGUCGGCCAAGCCAUUUUGGGAACAUAGUUCCGUUAUUGCCAUUUUUAGCGCCCGUCUUCGUUGUAUAACCACGUAAGGGGAAGAAUCAAGGACAUAUUUUGCUGUGUUCUGGCAUUGUGGAUUUGGGUUGGCUCAUCCGACAGUGAUGUAUCCCCCCAGCUUGCAUGCUAAUGGUUAGCGUUUGUAUACUGGACCGUGCUCCACCAGUAACGCUGUGUAUCGAUCAACCUCACAGUGUGCACAACAUCGGAUGCACAGAACAGUCCGUGGUGUAUCAUAUGAUGCCAAGUGAAGCUGAUUGCAUCCUAGCGUCGCAAAGACUUGCUGUCUGCUGCUCUGUCUGCCUUCUGCUCGGCAAGAUCGUCCGAUUUGCGCUGGCCUGUACUUCAGUUGUCGCUUUGACGGCUCAGAACAUUAUAUUACGAGCAUUGUU